UGAAAAGCAGCUCGCUCAUUUGGGUGGUGGCUGCUGCUGCUACAGCUGGAAAUCUUUUGCCUUCACCUUUAUAAAAGGGCAAAGCUACACAGAGAAUACACCAGAGUUACAGGGAAGUAGCCUUCCAUAGCGAACAGGUGCUGGCAAUGGCUUCAGUCAGAAACAUUCCAUAUGGGUUCAAUGCAAAUUAUGAGACUGUCAUAAAAAUCAUUGGGAGCAAAUAUGUCCGGUGCCUUGUAGAAAAGACUGAUGGCAAAGCAAAGGAGGGUGUAAAAACUGAGACACAAUCCAUUCUCAGGACACUAGCUCCACACAACGCAAGACAGUCACAUGGAAACCCUCCAGGCCUCAAUAGGCCUCCUUGUCAACAGAUCCAUUAUGGUCUCAGGGAUGAACAACAGAACAAAGGUGAAAAGGAAGAACAAAAGUCUAAACAAGGAGAGACAAGUGAUAGCAGAUCUGUGGACAACAAAGAGGAGAACCAAUGGGGUUUAAAACCACUGAAUACACAUUGUGUCACUGCUCCCUCUGGUGACAAGUCUUUGUCCUACAUUCAUACUCUCCAAAAACCAUCUAUGGAAACUCAGAUCUUAAAGCAACUUGAAAGACAAGAGGAUAUCACUCAAAAACCAAUGGAUGAAGAGAAUGAUUCUCUUCUGGGUAUCCUCAGAAAAGAACUUGAGAAGUGCCCUUUGAACCUGACUACAUUAGAAAAACUUCAGGAAGAAUGUAAGGUUUUGGAUCCCAGAGUUUCAAGACUUCUGUCUCAGGCACAGCUGAGCCAUCUGCUUUUAAAGUAUGAAGUCCCUCUGCAAUUACCCACUGUCAAACUCCUUUUCAAGAGAUUUUCAAAAGCAAAUGACCAAGAACUGGUAAAUUAUGAAAAAUUGCUCCAGUUUUUAAUGCCAGUGGCAGCAAGCAAGACACAGCAAACACAAGCCCUUCCAAGGAAGAGUCAAAAUAUGGAGAAUCAUUGCAAAAGCUCUUGGACUCCGGAAGAUGCCUUCCAGGCCUUGAAGCAGACCCUGAAGGAACAUAAAGGAGAGCUGAGCCUACAGGAUAAGACUUGCUCUGGUCUUCUUUCACCCUCUGAGACAGAGGUCAUUUGCAAAAAGCACGGACUAAUUCUGCCCACUGGGAUCUUGGAAGCUUUGGUUAGCACCUGUGAGUUUGGCAAAAGAGGCAAAAUAGAAUGGAAAACGUUUGUGGAGUUUCUGAAGAAAGUCCAGGCUGGGAUCAACCCUGCUCUGCUUGUCUGCAGAAGAGGAAACAAGGAGAAAAGUGAAGAUGACUCUCAGGACAAAGAGUGGUCCAACCGUUGUGCUGGCAAGACUUGGGAGCAAAUGAAGGAGGUCACAUACGACUCCAUUGAUGCUGAGGAACAAGAUGCCUGGAUAGACCGGUUCAGAAAACUGGAGAGGGCUCUUUAUUUGUGCGAUGUGAAAAACACAGGCAAGUUGGAAAAAGAAAAAGCCAAGCGUCUAAUCCAUAACUACAAUCAAAUUUAUGAUCUGUGCCUUAGUCCAUUGAAAAUUGAUAAAGGUUUUCGACCUUUCCGUCCUGGACAAGACAUACCUCUGGAACCUUUGCUGGAUUACUUAAAGGAGCUGUAACUGUUGCUAGUAAUACAGAGUUCAUGAGUGUACAUGCCUAAUAAUGUUCAUUCACCCACUGGUGUUCUUACUGAGUCAGUAUCUGAAAAGUUUAUACUUCUAAUUAAUUCUUCAUUUCCAAAUGAGCUGAAAGUACAUACUCCCACCUGUGCUCUUUUAAUAAAGCUUUCUGUCUGAAAUAUUA